AUGACAUUCUUCGCAUUAUUCCAGUUGGUGUCUCUGGUUUUCCUGGCGGCAGCAUUGCCAGUGACGGAAACGACAGAAGCUGCCAAGUUCCAGUAUCCAUGGAAAAACUUCGCCCUGAGCAACCUCGAGUCAAUCUGUCGUAAGCUGGACGGAGGCGAGCGGUACACUUGCACUCUCAAAUUCGACGUCUACGACUUCAACACGGAGGGCGUCGUGGAAGUAAGCGGAGCAAAUUGCGGCGCGGCCUGGCAAUGGGACGGCAUCACCCCAAACCAGGGCCCGGAUAACAACUACCCCAGCGACGGCGUCCUCUGCUGGAGCGCCGGUUCAGACGCCUUCCAGUUCAGGGUGGCAAAGUUUCGUUCCGCCUCGAACUUUGAAAUCUACGUCAAUCACUUUUACAGGGACAUGCGAUACUUUAAACCGCCCUACGACGGGAGAAAGGCUCUGGUCAACAUUAUCAUUCCGGAUGCUCAUCCUCUUCCACCGUUGUCACCAUAUGUGCCUCCCGUGAACCAAUUUGAAUUCAUAGCAACGGCAACGAUCUCGAGGCGCACAGAUGGGCACACGGUCGGAAGAACUUUCCGUCGUGUUUUAGAGCCGCCUCAUGUCGCUGGCGAGGAGUCAUAG